GUGGACGCUCCCUCGCCAUUCUCCAUCUCCACACCCGAACAAUCUUCAUCAAAGAUCUAAUAAAACCCAUAGAAACUUCUCUCGUCUCUCUCUCCUCGGACCCGCGGGAGCGAACCCUUAUCAGUCGCUCUCGUUGGCUCGGAGCAGCGAUGCGCACCGCCUGCCUCCGCCCCACCAUUCGUAUAAAACCCUCCCCUCCGCCUCCCUCCUUCCGCCACUGCUAGGCCCAUCCACACCCGCGCCCGCCCCGGCUGCCGCCGCCACCGCCCGCCACGGUCCCGCCUCGCCGUGGCAUGAGAAGAUGGCCGCGUGCUCCAGGGGCCUCGCGUGGCCGCCGUUCGAUCUGACCACGGCGAGGGGGCCGGCGUCCUGGCCGCGCCAGCGUGCCGUGAUCCGGUGCUGCUGCGCCGGGGCUGACCCUUUGCCGCGGAGGCGACUCUCGAGGGCGGCCGCGGUCGCGCCCGAGCGCGCCGAGGAGUGGCGCAUCGAUGGGAACAAGCCCUCCGCCGCGGCACCGGGCCGGCGGCGCGCUAGCCUCACCGCCAUGCCCCCGCUCCCCUUCCCUGCACCUCGUUCUAGAAGGCAGUUCAAGCAACAGGACUUCUACCCGCGGUGCACUCCGAGGGGCCCGGCUCCUCAAUCCCGUGAUACCCCGCCCAAGAGAGACACUGGUAUUGCUAGUGAGAAGGAAUGGGGAAUCAACUUGCCGGAUGAAGCAGUCAAGGAGUCUGGAAUAAAUGAAGAUGGAAGCACUUGGUACAGGGAGAGUGGAGAAGAUGUUGGCGAGAAUGGGUACCGCUGCCGCUGGACAAGAAUGGGAGGACAGAACCAUGAUGGUUCUACCGAAUGGAAAGAGACUUGGUGGGAGAAAAGUGACUGGACUGGAUAUAAGGAAUUAGGUGCGGAGAAAUCUGGGAAGAAUGCUGAAGGUGAUUCUUGGUGGGAGAAAUGGAAAGAAGUUCUGUACCAAGAUGAAUGGAGCAAUCUUGCAAGAAUAGAGAGAAGUGCUGAAAAACAAGCAAAAUCAGGUGUAGAAAAUGCUGGGUGGUAUGAGAAAUGGUGGGAGAAAUAUGAUGCCAAAGGCUGGACAGAGAAAGGUGCUCACAAAUAUGGAAGGUUGAAUGAGCAGUCCUGGUGGGAGAGAUGGGGUGAACAUUAUGAUGGCCGUGGAUUUGUUUUGAAAUGGACAGAUAAGUGGGCAGAGACAGACUUAGGCACCAAAUGGGGGGACAAGUGGGAGGAGAAAUUCUUUGCAGGAAUUGGUUCUCGACAAGGGGAGACAUGGCAUGUAUCUCCUGGCGGUGAACGCUGGUCAAGAACUUGGGGAGAAGAACACUUUGGUAACGGAAAAGUCCAUAAGUAUGGAAAGAGCACGACUGGCGAGAGCUGGGAUUUGGUAGUCGACGAGGAGACAUACUAUGAGGCGGAGCCUCACUAUGGAUGGGCCGAUGUCGUCGGAGACUCGACGCAGCUGUUGUCCAUACAACCCGUGGAGAGGCCUCCCGGAGUGUUCCCAGCCAUUGACUUCAGCUCCGCACCCCCGCCAAAGGACGCUCCGCCGGGCAUGCCUCCUUCUUCCCCUCUGGAUGUGAAUGGAAUAAUCAAACGCCCCACCAUGGUUGUGUUGCCCCUGUGUGCUUCUGACUUGGUCUCAAGGCAGUGGACAAAGCUUUCCACAGCACGAACGCGCUUCAGCUCAGUGCGCGUCCGCGUGAUGUCGACUGAUCUACCUCAGGUCGCUGGAAACUCGGCAAUUUUCCUCGCGUCCAAGAUAAUUAGACAAUAUUUGUCAAAUACAAACGAAAGUGCUACUAUUCACAUUUUGCAAAAAAAUUUGAAAGUAAACGCCCAGUGCGAGUACCAACUUUCCCUGCUGGAUUUUGGAGAAAAGUUCAUUUCCUCCAUUUUUCAUUCAAGGCAACCAAACGGAGAGGGGUCCACACUGCGAGCAUUUAAAGCCACUCGACUGGAGCUCCCCCAUGCCCAUAUGAUCUGUCCCGUUUCGUCAAACAAGCACUCAAACGGUCAAACCUCUCCUCCCAAAGCCUUUCCUCCUCGCCGCGGCGCAGGCAGCAGCAUGACGCCGCUCGCAGCCCGUCUGGCCGCACCGGCCGCGCUGCUGCUGCUCGUCCUCCUGCUCCCGGCGCCGGCCUCGGCCACCAACUUCACCUGCGCGACGGUGGGCAAGAUGUGCCAGUCAGCCAUGGGCUACGCGGUGCCGAACGCCACCACCUACGGCGAGCUGGCGACCCGGUUCAACACCACGACGACGCUCGCGGGGCUCCUGGGCGCCAACGGCCUCCUCGCCACGACGCCGGCGUCCACGCCGCUGGCGGCCAAGACCACGGUGCGCGUCCCGUUCAGGUGCCGGUGCGGGAGCAACGGCGUGGGGCAGUCGGACGGGGGCCCCAUCUACGUGGUGUACCCGCUGGACGGGCUGGACCACAUCGCCCGGGAUGUGUUCGACGCCUUCGUCACCUACCAGGAGAUCGCCACCGCCAACAACAUCUCCGACGUCAACCUCAUCGAGGUGGGGCAGAAGCUCAGGAUCCCGCUGCCCUGCACCUGCGACCAGGUGGACGGAGCCGACGUGAUGCACUUCGCGUACAGCGUCGCCAAGGGGGAUGACCCGCCCGGCAUUGCCGCCAAGUUCGGGGUGACCGAGAGCACGCUGCUGAGUUUGAAUAAGAUCACCGACCCCAAGAGCCUGCAGCAGGGGCAGAUCCUGGAUGUCCCCCUCCCUGUUUGCCAGUCAUCCAUCAGCAACACCUAGGCUGAUUACAAUCUGCUCGUCCCGAAUGGCACCUACGUGCUCACCGCCGACGACUGCAUCCAAUGCAAAUGCAGUGCAAGCAACUACGAACACCUAGACUGCAGUCCAGUGCAAGGCAGAAGGUGCCCGGCUGUGCCGACUUGCAGUGGAGGCCUGACGCUCGGGCGAAACAACGGCACCGAUUGCGCGUCCAGGAUGUGCGUGUACAGCGGUUAUACCAACACCACGUCUCUCGCCAUACAUACCAGCCUUGUGCCUGCAAAUGAGACUGCGUGCCAGAAGGGAGGAGCUGCGAGAUCGGAGUUUGCCGGGUCCAUGUGGAGGACGUCCGCCAUCGCUUUCCUCAUGGCGCUGAUCCUGAUCUGCUUCCUUUGAUGCUAUAGAGGUUAGAGCUGUAGAUGUUAUAUGAUGUUCCACUGUCAGAUACUCGGAUUGCUCUUGUAACUUACGAGUGAUGUUUACGUUGUUCUGGUUUAUCCAGAUUUUGUUGUCGAUUGGUCUAGCUGUUUGAAUAAAGCAAACAUAAGUUUGCAUGUGGGAGUGAAUAUAUAUAUUUAUUAAAA